CCCAGGAAAAAUCUCGCUGAAUCUGCCUGCCCCAGCACUGGUCUGAUCUGGUAUCCUCAGAUCCCUCCCGUCACCGCACCACGCCCGAGAUGAAUCUACGUUCUGUAUUUACUGUAGAACAACAAAGGAUUUUACAGCGUUAUUAUGAAAAUGGAAUGACAAAUCAAAGUAAAAAUUGCUUUCAGCUCAUAUUACAGUGUGCACAGGAGACUAAGCUGGACUUCAGUGUAGUCAGGACGUGGGUUGGCAAUAAGAGAAGAAAAAUGAGUAGUAAGAAUUCUGAAUCAGGAGCAGCAACAACAGGAACUGUUUCUGGUACCUCUUUGGCAGCUCCAGACAUUACAGUCAGAAAUGUGGUUAAUAUUGCUCGACCCUCAAGCCAACAGUCUUCUUGGACAUCUGCCAAUAAUGAUGUCAUUGUAACUGGUAUAUACAGUCCAGCCAGUUCCUCAAGCAGGCAAGGGACAACCCAACAUACCAAUACACAAAUUACAGAAACACAUAAAAUCCCUAUUCAGAAAACGGCCAGUAAAAAUGAUACUGAGUUUCAGUUGCAUAUUCCUGUUCAAAGACAAGUAGCACACUGUAAAAAUGCCUCUCUGCUCUUAGGUGAAAAAACAAUUAUUUUGUCAAGACAGACAAGUGUACUGAAUGCUGGGAACUCAGUAUACAAUCACACAAAGAAAAACUAUGGAAGCUCUUCAAUGCAAGCCUCUGAGAUGGUGGUACCUCAAAAGCCAUCUGUGUGCCACCGACCUUGCAAAAUUGAACCAGUUGGAAUUCAAAGGUUAUAUAAGCCUGAACACACGGGUCUAGCAUCGCAUAAUUUAUGCGGGCAAAAGCCACCUCUUAGAGACCCUUACUGUAGAACACAAAACUUGGAAAUCCGUGAAGUAUUUUCAUUAGCAGUUAGUGAUUACCCCCAGAGAAUUCUGAGAGGAAAUGCUCCACAGAAGCCUAGUUCAGCAGAAGGAACUUGUUUGUCCAUUGCAAUGGAGACUGGAGAUGUUGAUGAUGAGUAUGCCAGAGAGGAAGAGUUGGCAUUGAUGGGAGCACAGAUACCAAGCUACUCAAGAUUUUAUGAAAGUGGCAGUUCCCUUCGAGCUGAGAACCAAAGUACAGCUUUGCCCGGACCAGGAAGAAAUAUGCCAAAUUCACAAAUGGUGAAUAUUAGAGACUUGUCAGACACUGUACCGUAUCAAAACAGAGACUACCACUUAACACCACGGACCUCAUUACAUACUGCGUCUACUACAAUAUACAGUAAUACAAAUCCAUCACGGAGUAAUUUGUCUUCACAUUUUGCAUCAUCAAACCAGUUGAGGUUAUCACAAAACCAAAACAAUUACCAGAUUUCAGGAAACCUUACUGUGCCUUGGAUUACAGGGUGUUCUAGAAAAAGAGCACUACAAGACCGCACUCAGUUCAGUGACCGAGACUUAGCCACUCUUAAGAAGUACUGGGACAAUGGCAUGACUAGCCUUGGCUCUGUCUGUAGAGAGAAAAUUGAAGCAGUUGCAACUGAAUUAAAUGUCGAUUGUGAAAUAGUUCGGACUUGGAUUGGGAAUCGAAGAAGGAAAUAUCGUUUAAUGGGGAUUGAAGUUCCGCCUCCAAGAGGAGGCCCUGCUGAUUUUUCUGAGCAGCCCGAGUCUGGCUCUUUGUCUGCAUUCACACCAGGAGAAGAAGCUGGUCCUGAAGUAGGAGAGGAUAAUGACAGAAAUGAUGAAGUAUCCAUCUGUUUGUCUGAAGGAAGCUCUCAAGAAGACUCCAAUGAAGUUGCUCCAAAUGAGACAAGGGCUCAUAAGGAGGAAGACCACCACGCAGUAUCCUCAGAUAACGUGAAAAUAGAAAUUAUUGAUGAUGAAGAAAGUGACAUGAUAAGUAAUUCUGAAGUAGAACAAGUGCAUUCUGUCUUGGAUUAUAAGAAUGAAGAAGUCAGAUUCAUUGAAAAUGAGUUAGAGAUUCAAAAGCAAAAAUACUUUAAACUUCAGACGUUUGUCAGAAGCUUGAUACUAGCUAUGAAAGCCGACAAUAAGGAACAACAGCAGGCACUGCUGUCAGAUUUACCUCCUGAAUUAGAAGAGAUGGAUUUCAAUCAUGCCUCGCCGGAACCUGAUGAUACCUCAUUCAGUGUGUCUUCUUUAUCAGAGAAAAAUGCCUCAGACAGUUUGUGAUUUGAUGGGGGAGAUAUAUGAUACAGUCUUUUGGCUGCCUAACAGGUGUGCAUUUCAAGAUAACUGCAUUCUGUUGACCCAAAAUUCUUCAGUUGGAAAAACAUAUUGGUGAAACUGACAUAUUCUGUGAAGGAUGGACAAGAUAUAAUGGUUACAGUGUAAAAAAUGUAUGUGAAAUUUAAAAGCAUUAUUUGAGAGUUUCUUUCCAAACUGAUGGAACUCUGGAAAAAGAAAUUGUAUUUAAUUU